AUGGGAACUGGUCAUGAAAGUGGGGCAGGUACCUCUACAAGAUUCUCGGGUUCUUGGAAACCACGAACUUGGUUAAUCUCCUUCAAGAGUAGGUUUUGGAAGAUUUGGCCAAUGGUGGGGAGCCUAGGCAAGCUUGUAAAUGAUUUAAACAGACCUGAUAUCUCUAAUUUGCCUGCUUGUAUCUGCCGGCAGAUUUGGAACAGUAGAAAAGGCUUUGUCAAGGAAAAUCUAGGCAUCGAUCCUCUCAUAAUUGCUCAAAAAGCCAAGUAUUUUGAUGCAGAAUUUCAGUCGGCCAGGAUACCUUCCACAACCGCAGCUCAAGCCAACAUCUGUCGUCAAGUACAAGCGGUGAAAUGGACAAGACCUGAACAUUGUGAACUGAAAUUGAAUUGUGAUAUAUCAUAUGUUCAAGGAUCUUCUUAUGCUGGAACUGGUAUUGUUUAUAGAGACUCCAAUGGGGCCUUAAUUGAUGGCAGCGGGCUGGUUUUCAAUUGUAGAUCAGCGGCACCAGGAGAAGCCCUAGCUAUUCGCGACUUCAAGUGA